AUGAAACAACUAUCAUUUCAAUCUAUUUUAUUUGAUAUAUAUCAUAAUAUACAUAAAGAUGAUAUUAUAUGUCCUUCACAUAAAAGAGAGAUAGAAGUUUUAUGUGUUGAAUGUCAAAAGUUAGUUUGUUAUAAAUGUUCAUCUACACUACAUCGUAAUCAUCAAUUCAUUACAAUAGAUGAUAUUAAAGAAUCUUUUAUUGAUAAAGAAGAAGAAGAUGAUGACUAUGAGAAUGAUAGUAAUGAAAUAGAUAAAGAUAGUGUGAAAGAAAAAGAAAAAUUGAAAGAUAUUGAUAGUGAUGUAGAAUUCGAAAAGAAUGAAUAUCUAAGUAGAAUAUUAAAAGUUUGGAAGACAAUGAAGAUUCAAUCGGAGCAGUAUCAGAUACUCAAGGACAAAGAGUCUGCCAUUGCCAAAACGUUUAGCGAACUUCACGAAACUCUGAGAAUCACAGAGCACAAGUUACUGCGACCGAUCAACGAGAUUAAGGAGCAAGUCGGUAACUCUAUCGAUUCUAAACUAAAGGAAAUACAAUCAUUAAAUACACUUGUCAAUAUUAUAUUGAAAUCAAUAAGUAAAGAUAACAACAAUCAAUCAAACAACAACAAUAAUAAUAAUGACAAUGAUAAUGAUGUUGAUAAUAAUAAUCAAGUUGUUGGUAAUGAUAGUGAAGAGUCAAACAAUGAUAAGUAUCAGCUCGAUUCGAUAAUAGAUUCGAUCUACUCCACCAAUACAUUGAGUAGAUUCCAACAUCUUCACAAUGAAACAUUGUUUUACAAUACACAGAAAGAUAAGAAUAACAAUAACAACAAGAAUAAUAAGAAUAAUGUUGAUGACUAUUCGAUUCUAAGAUUGAUUCAACAGUAUUAUAAUUAUUAUGGUGGACAUUAUCAACAUCAACAAGAAGAUGAACAACAAGACAAUAAUAUUGCAGAGUGUGUUGUAGAUAAAGAGAUCCUAAGUAUCGAUGAUUCCAUACAGAAUCUAAAGGUGGAUCCGGCCAAGUUGGAAUAUUUAAAGAAUCGAUACAAAGAGUUACUAAACUUUGUUGAGAAUGAUACUCCUUUGAACGAGUUGGAUAACUUGUCCGAUAUCAAUACGACUCCUUCAGUAACCAACUCCUCCAACAACAUCACAAUUAAAAACAACAGUAUAAUUCAAAUAGUCAAUCUUAGUAAUAGUUCAAACAGUGUAUUCAGUAACGAUGAUUCAUCAGAUACCAACAACAAUCUUAAUAGUUCUUUUAACGAUCUACUAUUACAAAAUGAUAAUGAUGAACAACAGCAACAACAACAACUAUCACCACUAUCACAACAACAACAACAACAACCAAAACAAUAUAUAUUUUCACUUGGAUAUGACGAUGGUUCGGUAUCAUUGAUCGAUGUAUCGAAUUCAUCGAUUGAGAUUGUCUCGGGUGAUCACGUCUAUAUAUUCGGUGGGCUGGGAUUCCACAAACAGUAUCACCGUUACUCGAUCAAAUCAAGACGAAUCGACUAUCAGGCAGAGAUGAACGGAGUUGCCGGUGACAGAGACAAGUGGAUAACCAUUGAUCACAACGAUAAAUCAUCAAGAUUUGAAUGUGGUGCUGUACUAAUAUAA